AUGGCCAAGGAGCGGCGGAAGGCCGUGCUCGAGCUGCUGCAGCGGCCGGGGAACGCGCGCUGCGCCGACUGCGGCGCCCCGGAUCCUGACUGGGCCUCGUACACCCUGGGGGUGUUCAUCUGUCUGAGCUGCUCUGGGAUUCACCGGAACAUCCCCCACGUCAGUAAGGUGAAGUCCGUGCGCCUGGACAGCUGGGAGGAUGUCCAAGUGGAGUUCUUGGCCUCCCGCGGGAACGCCGUCGCCAGAGCCACGUUCGAGUCCCAAGUGCCCCCGUUCUACUACCGGCCCUCGGCCUCCGACUGCCAACUCCUGCGGGAGCAGUGGAUCCGGGCCAAGUACGAGCGACAGGAGUUCACCCACCCCGAGCGGCAGGAGCCCUACUCUGCAGGGUACCGAGAAGGCUUCCUCUGGAAGCGCGGCCGGGACAACGGGCAGUUCUUGAGCCGGAAGUUCGUGCUGACGGAGCGCGAGGGCGCCCUGAAGUACUUCAACAGGAGUGACGCCAAGGAGCCCAAGGCCGUCAUGAAGAUUGAGCACCUGAACGCCACUUUCCAGCCGGCCAAGAUCGGCCACCCGCAUGGCCUGCAGGUCACCCACCUGAAGGACAACAGCACCCGCAACAUCUUCGUCUACCACGAGGACGGGAAGGAGAUGGUGGACUGGUUCAACGCACUCCGCGCUGCCCGCUUCCACUACCUGCAGGUGGCCUUCCCGGGGGCCAGCGACGCAGACCUGGUGCCAAAGCUGUCCAGGAACUACCUUCAGGAGGGCUACAUGGAGAAGACGGGGCCCAAGCAGACAGAAGGCUUCCGCAAGCGCUGGUUCACCAUGGACGACCGCAGGCUCAUGUACUUCAAGGACCCGCUGGAUGCCUUCGCCCGCGGGGAAGUCUUCAUCGGCAGCAGAGAGAGUGGCUACACGGUGCUGGACGGGCUCCCACCGUCCACCCAGGGCCACCACUGGCCACAUGGGAUUACCAUCGUCACGCCAGAGCGCCGGUUUCUGUUGGCCUGCGAGACGGAGUCGGAGCAGCGGGCGUGGAUGGAGGCGCUCCGGAAGGUGGUGGACAGGCCCAUGCUGCCCCAGGAGUAUGCAGUGGAAGCCCACUUCAAGCACAAGCCCUAG